AGUAAAUCUUCGUCAGAGAAUUCUCCUGUUGCUUUAAUGCGCUUAGGAACACGCAUUUUGUCAUUUAUUUCAUGUGCAAAUUUUGCUUCAUUAUAAAUAACGGGUGAUUUUUUUGAGGUUAGGAUUUUCAUGCAUUAGUAUUUGACAGAUCACGUGGGAUUUCAGACAUGGUGUCAAAGAGAAAGAUGCUCAGUAUGCUUUGACAUUUCAUCAUGAAUAGACUUACUAACGAGCAACGCUUGCAAAUCAUUGAAUUUUAUUACCAAAAUCAGUGUUCGGUUCGAAAUGUGAAAUCCGCUUUUUUAUCGACAAAUUUUGUUCAGCGAUGAGGCUCAUUUCUGGUUGAAUGGCUACGUAAAUAAGCAAAAUUUCCGCAUUUGGGGUGAAGAGCAACCAGAAGCCGUUCAAGAACUGCCCAUGCAUCCCGAAAAAUGCACUGUUUGGUGUGGUUUGUACGCUGGUGGAAUCAUUGGACCGUAUUUUUUCAAAGAUGCUGUUGGACGCAACGUUACGGUGAAUGGCGAUCGCUAUCGUUCGAUGCUAACAAACUUUUUGUUGCCAAAAAUGGAAGAACUGAACUUGGUUGACAUGUGGUUUCAACAAGAUGGCGCUACAUGCCACACAGCUCGCGAUUCUAUGGCCAUUUUGAGGGAAAACUUCGGAGAACAAUUCAUCUCAAGAAAUGGACCCGUAAGUUGGCCACCAAGAUCAUGCGAUUUAACGCCUUUAGACUAUUUUUUGUGGGGCUACGUCAAGUCUAAAGUCUACAGAAAUAAGCCAGCAACUAUUCCAGCUUUGGAAGACAACAUUUCCGAAGAAAUUCGGGCUAUUCCGGCCGAAAUGCUCGAAAAAGUUGCCCAAAAUUGGACUUUCCGAAUGGACCACCUAAGACGCAGCCGCGGUCAACAUUUAAAUGAAAUUAUCUUCAAAAAGUAAAUGUCAUGAACCAAUCUAACGUUUCAAAUAAAGAACCGAUGAGAUUUUGCAAAUUUUAUGCGUUUUUUUUUUUUUUAAAAGUUAUCAAGCUCUUAAAAAAUCACCCUUUAUUUGACAGAUCACGUGGGA